AUGGCUGGAGUGAGCCAUCAGACGGGAUGUGGUCUCAGCGGGGUCCACACGGCGACCUUCCGCAGCUCCACCUUCUCGCGUCGGCCCAUUUCCGCGCUUCAUCGGAGACACAGCCCCGACGCGCCGUCGCCAGGACCGCGCGAGCUGCAGACGUCAGCGACGCGCGCCGGCGCGUCCGCGGCGGAUGACGGCGGUCGCCCUGCGCCGAAGAAGCCAAAAGGCAAGCUCAAACGGCCGCGCGAGCCCGCAGCUGCGCGCGCGCUCUCCCUCCUCCUGCGCACCUCGCACGUCCCCACGUGGAGCUACGUCCCGGAGCCCGUCGGGCCGCUCCACCGCGUCGACCCGCGCAUCAAGCAGCUCUGGCUCUUCGCGCUCCUGGUCGUCAUCGCGCGCGCUCCCGUCCCCUUCAAGGCCCUGGCCGCGGGCCUGGUGGUGUUGCUGUCCGUGGUGGGGCUCCCCGUGCGCGUGUGGCGGGCGCAGCUGAUGCAGCUCGGGCUGUUCUGCAGCCUCCUGGCGGUGGGGCUGCUUCUCGGCGCGGAGGGCGUGCCGCCCGUGACGCAGACGCGCGCGCCGCCCGUGGGCUUUGACGGAUUGCCCGCCAUCGUCCCGGAGGCCACGUACGGCUUCGUGCUCGCCAAGCUCGGCCCGCUGACGAUCACGCGACGGUCGCUCUCCCUCGCGGUGACCUCCGUCGCGCUCACGAUCGCGUCGCUGCAGGGAGCGUCGCUGUGCCUCGUGACCACCAAGGCAGAGGACCUCGCGCAGGCGCUCACGUGGUACCUCUCGCCGCUGGCCGCGCUGGGCGUCCCCGUGGCCUCGAUGGCCAUGACGCUCCUCCUCUCCAUCCGCUUCGUCGGCGUCGUCUUCACCGAGCUCCAGAACCUCCUGCGCGGCCUCGCGGCGCGCGGCGUCGACUGGCGCCGCCAGGGAUUGAUGGGCACGCUCGAUCUCAUGGUCGGCCUCAUCGCGCGCCUGCUCGACAGCCUGAUCUCGCACUGCGGCCACAUGGCGCGGGCGAUGUCCGCGCGCGGGUACCGGGGGCCCGCGGAGCACCGCCAGCACCUCGCCGGCGCGUCGCCGUCGUCCCCGGUGGCCAACGCGGUCGCGCUGGCGUCGCUCGUCGCCCUCGCUGCCGCCGCGGCGCGCGUGUGA